AUGAGUGCCUGUUUGGGGAGGAGAAGAAGAGUUGUGUUUCCAUGGACAUCUCAUGUACUUGGAAAUCAUGGUUGGGGUCAAUUCCAUUUCAAUUCCAGUCAAUUCAGGAAGUACACUGAAAUUCAAAUUGUCUUCCAUGCUUUUCAAUUUUGAAUUGGAAUUUGGUUUACUUUCUGAGUUGACUGGAAUUUAAAUGGAAUUGACCCCAACCCUGUUGGAAGUAACCUGUUUGUCCGGAACAAAUUCUCUUAAUAACAUUUCCAUGGGAAUGUGGUGGCAGAAUUUGGGGUGAGCUGUUGUCAUUUCUCAAGGGAUAUGUUCUGUGUUGGACUGUGAUGUUAUGCCUUUCAUAGACUCCUGUUAUGUCUGCAGCCUAACACAAGGCCAUUGUGUUCCAGAACUGUUGAUGCAUUGAAAUAACUGUUGUGUAAACAACAUGAUUGUAUGAUCACCUCCCACUAUAUCAGGGACAAGGAACCAUUUCCUUCUUGAGUUCUUCCCUGUGAAAUCAGAGGCGGAUCUCCCCUGCAGCUGCUUGUAUUAAAGAUGUUUCUAUUAUAUCAUUAAAUAGUCUCUGACUUAAUCUUUGGAUCAAAUUAAUCACAACAGGAACAUGAGUCCUGCAAAGCUUCAGUUUCAAUUAGUACACUAUUUGCUUUUCCCUGUCAGAUUAAAGGUAUUUGUCUCACAUGUUGAGCCUCUACCUCUCAAUCAAUCAAUCAAUCAAUUUUAUUUUAUAUAGCCCUUCGUACAUCAGCUGAUAUCUCGAAGUGCUGUACAGAAACCCAGCCUAACUCUCAGAUAGCCUCUAACUCUCAGCCCAGAUAGUCUCUACCUCUCAGCCCAGAUAGUCUCUACCUCUCAGCCCAGAUAGCCUCUACCUCUCAGCCCAGAUAGUCUCUACCUCUCAGCCCAGAUAGCCUCUAACUCUCAGCCCAGAUAGUCUCUACCUCUCAGCCCAGAUAGUCUCUACCUCUCAGCCCAGAUAGUCUCUACCUCUCAGCCCAGAUAGCCUCUACCUCUCAGCCCAGAUAGUCUCUACCUCUCAGCCCAGAUAGCCUCUAACUCUCAGCCCAGAUAGCCUCUACCUCUCAGCCCAGAUAGUCUCUACUUCUCAGCCCAGAUAGUCUCUACCUCUCAGCCCAAACAGACUCUAUCUCUCAGCCCAAACAGAUUCUACCUCUCAGCCCCGAUAGACUCUACCUCUCAGCCCAGAUAGUCUCUACCUCUCAGCCCAGACAGUCUCUACCUCUCAGCCCAGAUAGCCUCUACCUCUCAGCCCAAACAGUCUCUACCUCUCAGCCCAGAUAGCCUCUAUCUUUCAGCCCAGAUAGCCUCUAUCUCUCAGCCCAGAUAGCCUCUACCUCUCAGCCAGGACAGCCUCUAUCUCUCAGCCAGGACAGCCUCUACCUCUCAGCCCAGAUAGUCUCUACCUCUCAGCCCAGAUAGCCUCUACCUCUCAGCCAGGACAGCCUCUAUCUCUCAGCCAGGACAGCCUCUACCUCUCAGCCCAGAUAGUCUCUACCUCUCAGCCCAGAUAGCCUCUACCUCUCAGCCCAGACAGCUUCUACCUCUCAGCCCAGAUAGCCUCUACCUCUCAGCCAGGACAGCCUCUACUCUCAGCCCAGAUAGCCUCUACCUCUCAGCCAGGACAGUCUCUACCUCUCAGCCCAGAUAGCCUCUAUCUCUCAGUCCAGAUAGCCUCUAUCUCUCAGCCCAGAUAGUCUCUACCUCUCAGCCCAGAUAGCCUCUACCUCUCAGCCCAGACAGCUUCUACCUCUCAGCCCAGAUAGCCUCUACCUCUCAGCCAGGACAGUCUCUAUCUCUCAGCCCAGAUAGCCUCUACCUCUCAGCCAGGACAGCCUCUACCUCUCAGCCCAGAUAGCCUCUACCUCUUAGCCAGGACAGCCUCUACCUCUCAGCCCAGAUAGCCUCUAUCUCUCAGUCAAGAUAGCCUCUAUCUCUCAGUCCAGAUAUCCUCUACCUCUCAGCCCAGAUAGCCUCUACCUCUCAGCCCAGAUAGCCUCUACCUCUCAGCCCAGAUAGCCUCUAUCUCUCAGUCCAGAUAGCCUCUACCUCUCAGCCCAGAUAUUCUCUACCUCUCAGUCCAGAUAGUCCUCUACCUCUCAGCCCAGAUAGCUUCUACCUCUCAGCCAGGACAGCCUCUACCUCUCAGCCCAGAUAGCCUCUACCUUUCAGCCCAGAUAGCUUCUACCUCUCAGCCCAGAUAGUCUCUACCUCUCAGCCCAGAUAUCCUCUACCUCUCAGCCCAAACAGACUCUACCUCUCAGCCCAGAUAGCCUCUACCUCUCAGCCCACAUAGCCUCAGUAAGCAUGGAGUGACAAGCCAGUGUUGACAUAUGAACACCAUUACAUGCAACAGUUUGAUCUAGGGAAAUGCAAAUUUCUGAAGUUGCAUAACUUUUGGACUAAAAGCAAAAUAGGUAAAUUGAAAAAUCAGUUCAAUGGUAGAAUGAGAUAGUGCCCCAUUUGCUGUAAGUUUAAAGCUUAACAGAUAUGUCCCUAAUUGUUGAUAUCUGUUUAAUCUGAUUUGACAGGUGAACAAAGAAGCCUCACAAUCGGAUUAUUUAAUAGAACCAGCCAAUCACCCUUCAGAGGAAGAGAAAGUUACCUCACUUACUGUUAAAGAGGAAGAGGACUCCAAGGCAGAUAUGUUGUCCUCCACGCUGGUGUCAGCUCUCGCCCCGCACUGGAGUGGCCGAAUACGCAGGAACAAGCGGGGUGUGGCCUGCACGGACAUUGGCGUGGUUGGCACAGCAACCAGCGAGCCCGGACAGGAACCCCAAGGGAGUGGACAGGAAGUGGGCGAGGGGGGAACGUUUUUGAAGCUGCACGACCCUCUCGGGACUGACUCUGUAGGACAACAGCAACAACAACAGUUUUUGGAGACCCAGAACCAACGUGUUGGGGAGAGGGGGUUGACCCUCGGAUCUCAAGCUCAUGAGAGGGCUUCAACCCUGGGUAGCAGCAGAAGCACAGUGGGGGGCUGGUCUAAGGGGAGCACCCCCAGCCUCAAACUGGACCAAACAACAAAGGCCCCAGUUUCUAACUCUGUCUCUCUGAAUGUGAGGCUGGACAACAGAGAGGUAGAGGGGGGAGUUGUCUUCCCUGUUAACUCCCACCUCUCCAUUCUUUCUAAACCUAAAUGUACACAGGGGAAUGUCACAGGCUGGUCGUCAAGGAGACCAGCCGUCACUGCUGAGUUCCAAACCAACAACCAGUAGCCGCCUUCUCUCCCUGAGGAGGCUCAACACCAUUGCUAGCUCCACCCACUCAGAGACCAAUGCUCCCUCUAUCUCCUCUCCAACCAAUCACAGGGAUGGAGAGACUUCAGGUCCACAUCUCUCUCCAACCGUAAACAAUGACAGAGCAUCAAAGACAAUUAGGGCACACCUUUCCUUAACCUCAUCCAAUGACGGAGACAGAGAGAGGUCCAAGUUCCUCCCCUAUUCAGCUUCCUCCACUUACAGGACAAUAGAGAGGUCAAAGCCCCUCCCAUUACCAACUUCCAAUCACAGAGAAGCAGACACACACAGGACACACCUAUUUUCAACCUCGGCCAAUUACAAAAACACAGAGGGCACACCCCUUACCAACCGUCCCCAGACUUCCAGGGCAUAUUCCAACCAAACCUUCCCCAGUAAGCAGACUCUUUUGUUUAGUGGUCUACAGAGACUUUCCGCCUCAGAGAGAUCAGACGGAACCACAGUUCCCAUCAGAGAAACUCAUCUGCCUUCCUCUCCACCAUCCCAAUAUGGCCGCCUGGAUUUUCUAAGGAGUCAGUCUCUUCCCAGAGGAACCACACUGAGGUCUACUAG